AGGUCUCGGGCCCCCAGGCGGAGCGGCGGGCGCUGGACCCCCAGGCGGAGCGACAGGUCUCGGGCCCCCAGGCGGAGCGGCGGGUGCCGGACCCCCAGGCGGAGCGACAGGUCUCAGGCCCCCAGGCGGAGCGGCGGGCGCCGGACCCCCAGGCAGAGCGACAGGUCUCGGGCCCCCAGGCAGAGCGGCGGGCGCCGGACCCCCAGGCAGAGCGACAGGUCUCGGUCCCCCAGGCGGAGCGGCGGGCGCCGGACCCCCAGGCGGAGCGACAGGCGGAGCGGCGGGCGCCGGACCCCCAGGCGGAGCGACAGGUCUCGGGCCCCGAGGCGGAGUGGCGGGCACCGAGUCACCAGGCACGACAGUGGGCUCCGAGUCAACUGGCAUGACCGCUGGGUCAGACAUUGGAUCGUCUGGCUGGACAGCGGGCAUUGGGUCACCAGGCAUCAGGUCAUUUGGCUCGAC